CACUCUUCGUAGCUGUCGCUGGGGUUUUCAGUUAAAGACUGGCCAUCCACCAGAGACCGCCUCCCCAUCGCUAGAUGUCACCCCCUCUACUUUUCUUUUUUACUCUUUCCCACUUCCCAGGUCUAUUCGCCUCCCUACUAUGGGCCAAGUCUUUCCAUAUUAACGCCCAUUUACCCAUACCACUCAACUUCCGUCAUCGACAGUCCGGACCCGUGUCUUGGAUAAACUUGCCUGCCGACUGUUUGGAUAGCUUCUCCUUAUGAUAUCUUUGGGACUCGAUACCUGCAGCAUACUUAACCACCACGUCCCGCAGUCGUCACCACCAUGGCUGCCCCUACCAACACCCCACCUGCUGCGACUGUCAAGGAUGCUGCCUCUGCGAGGAAGCGUAGGAGAAGGGCGCCCGCUGGCGGAGCUGCCGACGACUGCUUUACCUGCGCCAAGAGGAAUGUCAAGUGCGACCGGAGGAGGCCGUAUUGUUCGCAAUGUCUCGAGAUUGGAAAUGAGUGCUCGGGAUACAAGACCCAGUUGACUUGGGGUGUCGGUGUUGCCAGUCGAGGCAAGCUUCGAGGCCUGUCGCUACCCAUCGCCAAGUCACCACCAGUGAACCCCGGGAAAGGAGUGACGGCAUUGAAGUCGCCAACAACGAAGCAACGCACUAGCUCUAUCGCAUCCGUCAGCCAGUACUCGGAGACAGAGGAUCGUGUCAAACGUGAAGGGACAGAGCAGCCGUCUAUGGAUCUUCACUCACCUCUUCACUCACCACUGUCGGGCCCGCCUUUUCAUCACUUCGAUAUGUCUCACAUGUCGCCCGUGACGGAAGCUCCACCACCUGGCUGGACUCACAUCCCGUUUACUUCACCCAUGUCUCCUCACGACGGCCCUGGAUAUCCAGGAAGGAGCAUGUCGCUUUCUUCCAUGGCAUCUCACAUGGACUCUAUAAGCGAAACUGACUACAUGUCUCCCAUCACUCACUCGUUCCCGAGAGACGACGUUUCUUACAUCCACAGUCCCCUUCACAGCCCGACCGUUAUCUACGAUAGCUAUCCCGGCCAUGGCUCACCCGUCCAGCAUACUCCUCCAUCCGCUAUCAUGAUCGAGCCUCACAGGCCUCCGACCUCACGUCCCAGCCUCAGUUACUCACCCUCAGAGCCUACUUCUAGUCUCCCUUCGCGUGUAUCUCAUGUGGACAGCUUGGAAACUCAGUUGAGUCGCAAGAUGGUGCAAGAAUGUGAUGUCUUCGUGCCGGGAACGCCAUCCGACUUGGAGACGUUUAGUACGAGCGUCCAAUCUCACGGCCCGUUCUGGGCACCAUCCAACGCAGACGACGAAUCACUUUCGCAAAGCGUCCAAGAGCAUAACCAACUACCGUGGCCGGCUUCGUUUCCUUCGCAAUCGCCCUCCCCGAUCCUGCGAGUAAGCCCUGAUCUCAUCCAUAAGAUGCCUUUCUUCAUGGACUACUAUGAAAAGACCAUUUGUCCCGGCAUGGUCUUUAUCGACGACCCCAGCAACCCGUUCAGGGAACACAUCUUGCAACUUGGUACUACUAGCAGGAGCUUGCAGCAUGCCAUCUGUGCACUCGCCGCAUGCAACCUCAGGAUAAAGCGACGGCUCAGUCUUGGACAGCACAGGCGCGACGUUGGAGAAAAGCGAUUAGAUGCAAGCCCAUUCGACGGUUACUCGGAUACACAGCCAGAGGACCAGUCCCUCUCUGAGGAGUAUCAGCACAGGAACCUAGCUGUUCAUCUGCUGAAUGAGCAGCUUAAUGACCCGGAGAAGUCAACUCAUGAUUCAGUCCUGGCUACCAUCCUCAUACUUUGCCACUACCGGAUGGCUGAGUCCGGCGUUGCCAAGUUUCAAACCCAGUUCGCAGGAGUUAAGAAGAUACUAGGGUUGCGUCGAAUGUCUCCCUAUCCUGUAUCACGAGACUCGGCAUGGAUGGAGGCGCUAUUCACUUACUUUGAUGCUAUCACCGCGAGCGUCAACGACCGGGAAGCUCAGCUCAACACAUCAUUCUAUGGCCUUCUUCCUGACUCUCAACUUCUCCCACCGGGUACGGAAAAUCUUGUGGGCUGUGAUCGUGAACUAUUCAAGACGAUUGUCAAGCUAGGUCGUCUGAACUUGCUUUCUCAGCAUCGACCGGUACAAAACCUUCUGGCCAACGCCCAGCGUGCACGCGGCAGCAGCAUAUCUGGCACCCCUUCGCCUCUCGGUGGCGGCUUCAAGCCAUCCCCGCCUGAGCAGCAUCACAUGCUUGGAAGCUUCCAGCCUAUGAGGUUUGAGGGCAGCGGAUUUGGCUCGACCAUGGAGGACGACGAAAUGCUGGGAAUAGGUCACACAUCCAUGGGAUACGACGAUCAUGGCAGCACAUUCUGGCGCGAGUGGAAGGACGCGCGCACUGCCCUGCAGAGCUGGGAGUUUGACGCAUCGAGGGUAGUGGCCUCGUUGGCCCCAACACCGUCGUCGCCGCCGCCUACAGGUUCACAGGUGCGCGAUCUCAGCUCGUUGAGCGAGGCGUUCCGGUACGCGGCGCUUCUAUACACGGAACGCCUGGCCAGUCCCAACCUCCCCAGCUCUCAUAGUCACUUCCGGGAUCUGGUCAGCCAGGUUAUCUACUAUGCCACCGGCCUGGAAGCAGGCAGCAGUGCGGAGAAGUUCCUGCUCUGGCCUUUGUUUGUGGCUGGAAGCGAAUGCGUCAACGUGUUACAGCAGAACAUCGUCCGGUCCAAAUGCCGCGAUAUUAUGGCUCGCAGCGGCUACAUGAACAACAUGGCUGCCUUGGACGUUCUGGAACGCCUGUGGGCAGAGGAUGUAAAGGAAGAUGGUCCCGGUGCCAAAAUGAGAGGCAUGAUGCGCAGCGGACCAUUCAACUGGUCGAGGUGCAUCGGGGGACCUGGUGUAGAUGUUGAAUGGAUCAUGUUCUGACAUUCAAAAGGCGGCAUGGGGGUGAUUGUAUGUUCAGCAUGAACAGGUGAAAGGGGGUUGGUUGCUUUGGCUUACUGCUGCUAUUACUACUUACUGGUGUUUUGUCCAUCUUUUGGGAGCGGGAUCUCUCUGUUUUCGGAUUACUUGUUUGGUUUGGGUCUGGUCACGGCGCUUAGGCACACA